UUUAAAUACUUAGUAGUUGCGUGGAUACACACUUAUCACUCUUUGGUUCGCUUGUAGUCAUACAUUCCCUUACACAUUUCCGGAAAUGGCUCCUACGUCCAACCGCAAAAAGACUGCUAAAAAGGGUGCGAAAAAAAGCACUCCCGUGGUAAUUGAAAAAGGUUCUAAGGACAAGAAUGCCACCGUAGCCAAGACCACAAAGCCAACACCCGUCGUGAAGAAGGUCGAAACAAAGAAACCAGCAACUGAGAAGGUUACUCCAGCCGUAAAAGCACCAGUAAAACAGAAAGAAGUGCCCGAAAUUGCAAAGAGAACUACGACAUCUAAGCGCAGGCGUGAAGUCGUACACGAUGCAAAGAAAGUUGAAUCUCCAGCCAAGAAGGCAAAAUCAGAAAACAUGAUAACAAAGGCAAUUAACAGUGCGUUGGACAGCUUCAUGACGGUUUGCCAAAAUCUAUCUGCCUUUGCAGGUAAUCUGUUCUCAGGUUCUACCACUGCAACUACACGCCACUGAUUAUUCGCAAAGGUUUCCCUGUUCAGCAAAAUCGCACGGUAACAUACAUUCCUUCGUACUAAUACACUAAC